UCCUCCUCGCAGGACUGGACCCCAGACGCGGCCGUCGUGGCCAGCGCCCCAGCUCCCGCCGGCCGGCCCUAGGAGCCCGCGGGGCUGCCGGGGUCCCCCCCGGCUCUGGCAGGACCAGGAUGCUGCCCCGACCCCCAGCCCCCAGCCCCAGCCCACGCCAGCGUCCCCCCGAGCGUCCACGCUGACAGCAGGCAGCCCGAUGCCGGCUGACCCCGGGCCCGAGGCGGGCAGCGGCUGGCCGGGCCUCCUCAUGUCCUGCCUCAAGGGUCCCCACGUCAUCUUCAAGAUGGAGGCCAUGAAGCUGGUGCACCCCGAGAAGUUCCCCGAGCUGCCGGCGGCCCCGCGGCCUGCGCCUGCGCUGGCCCCGAAGCGGGCCUGGCCCUCUGACACCGAGAUCAUCGUCAACCAGGCGUGCGGGGGCGAUGUGCCCGCCCUGGACGCGGGGGCGCCCCGCACGCCGCCCCUGCCGCGCCGGCCCCGCAAGGGCAGCGUGGAGCUGGGCUUCCCGCGCGUGGCGCCGGCGGACGAGGUCAUCGUGAACCAGUACGUGCUGCGGCCGGGCCCUGCGGCCAGCGCGGCGGCGUCCGGGGCGGGCGCCGUGCCCGGCGAGCCCCUGCAGUGCCCCACGUGCGGGCACACCUACAACGCAGCGCAGCGGCGGCCGCGCGUGCUCUCCUGUCUGCACUCGGUGUGUGAGCAGUGCCUACAGAUCCUCUACGAGUCCUGCCCCAAGUACAAGUUCAUCUCCUGCCCCACCUGCCGCCGCGAGACUGUGCUGUUCACCGACUACGGCCUGGCCGCGCUGGCCGUGAACACGUCCAUCCUCAGCCGCCUGCCGCCCGAGGCACUGACCGCCCCGGCGGGCGGCCAGUGGGCGGGCGAGCCGGAGGGCAGCUGCUACCAGACCUUCCGGCAGUACUGCGGCGCCGCGUGCACCUGCCACGUGCGGAACCCGCUGUCCGCCUGCUCCAUCAUGUAGUGCCCGGCAGUCCCUGCUCGCGCCGCCCCUGCCCCUCGCUGCCCGCUCGC